AUGGACUCUAAACACCGCACCGUGCGGAGCCUAGUCUCAAAGCUAAGCUCCGUUUCCGAACGAACCCGAAUCGAAGCUCUCUGCGAGCUCCGUCAAAUGUCAAAACAAGAGCCGGAAACCCGAUCCGUAAUUGCAGAAUCAGGCGCGAUUCCAUAUCUAGCCGAAACUCUCUAUUCUUCUUCUCAUCCAUCGCAAGAAAACGCAACCGCAACGCUUCUUAACCUUUCCAUAACAGAAAAAGAACCUAUCAUGUCCACGCGCGGUGUUCUCGACGCGCUCGCACACGUUAUCUCUCAUCAUUCUUCAACCUCCGCCGCCGCCGCUGUUCAAUCCUCCGCAGCUACGAUUCACAGCCUUCUUUCGUCUGUUGAUGAUUACCGUACUGUCGUUGGAUCCAAGCGCGAGAUCGUUUAUGCUCUUGUUGAUAUCCUUCGUUGUCACCGUUCAUCACCGCCGCGAACGGUUAAAGACGCGUUGAAAGCGCUUUUCGCAAUCGCGCUUCAUCCGUUAAACCGUGGUACCAUGGUUCAGUUUGGUGUUGUUCCGGCGCUGUUCUCUCUCAUCGUUAACGAUGGUAGAGUAGGGAUAGUUGAAGACGCAACCGCCGUCAUCGCGCAGGUUGCCGGUUGCGAAGAAAGCAUUGAGGCUUUCCGAAAGGUUUCUGGGGUUGGAGUACUCGCGGAUCUACUCGAUCUUGCGACCGGGUCUAGUAUGAGGACGAGAGAAAAUACAGUGUCGGCGCUGCUUAAUCUUGUGCGAUGCGGCGGAGAUGCGGUGGCCGGAGAUGUUAGAGACGCCGUAGCUUUUGGUGCGUUGGACGGAAUUGGUGAUGUUAGAGAUAAAGGGAGCGCUAAGGGGAAGAGUAAGGCUACGGAGUUGAUGAAGGUGAUGCUUGGUAAUGGUCAUAGUAAUGCCGUUUUCAAUAGUGGUUCGUCGUUUGGUUCUUUGAUGAAUGAAGAUAGUGGAUCGUCGUUUUGA